AUGGAUUCCCUGUCCCAAUAUGGCAGCCCUUCCCUCAGAACUGUGGCAAUUGACAAAUGGACUAUGUGCCCUGUUAUAAGUCACUGGGUGCUCAGUCUCCCACCUCUGCCCUCCUCUGAGCUGACUGACCCUCAUGAUGACAUCACCCUGCCCAGGCUGAUCGAAGCUCUGCAGAACAGACAAAGGAUCAGGCAAAUGAUGAUUGAUGAGUACAGCAAAGCAGCCAACACCAUGAAGUUCAGGCUUCAGGAACUGGAUUGUAACCUCAUUUCCGAUGACAAUUGUAUUGAUGAACAAAAUGGCAAACUGGUAGAGAAGGACAAAAUCAUCCAGAACAACAAGGCAGAGAUCGAACGCUUGGAGAAGAAAACCAAGAUGCAAGAACACAAAAUUGAUAUCCUGCAGAAAACAGCUAAAAUCUAUGAGGGCGACAAGCGUUUACUGCAGCAGGAGCUGGAGACGAGAGAGCAGAGGCUGCAGAGGGAGCUGUCUGACAUGAGAUGCAUGGAGCAGCGCAUGCAUGGCGUGGUCACAGACACCCAGCUCAAAUGGGAGAAAGAAUGUAACAGACGUGCGAAGCAGCUGGAGAUGCAAAACAAACUCUGGGUGAAAGACGAGAAGCUGAAGCAGCUCAAGGCCAUUGUGACAGAGAGCAAGACUCCAGGUCAUUCUGAUUCUCCACCGUGUCAGAUACAGCCUAAGCAGCCAUCCAGGGAGGAACACCUCCCUGCAAAGAGAUCGGCUUCACACUCACCCCUCCCUUGCCCUGUUGAGUCUCCCCGUGUCAGACGAGGACCAGUCAUUCCCAUCAGAAUUGAGGGGGUUGAAAUGAACCCAAGGUCCACUUGCCCCAUCCCCAGCACCAGUAGCUCUUUGUCUGUGACUAGUUGCAUCACUGCAUCGGAGCAGUGGGCAGCCCAGGACAUCAGGCAGGGUUACCAUUCCGCUAGUACGCCCAUGAGAACCCACCCCAGGGCAGACGCCUCAGCCAGCAAGGCCAGGAGGAGAGCUGUGUGUUGGAGGAGAGAGGAAGAGGAGGCCAGCUCCCUUACAUUUGAUGUAGAUCUAACUGAGAGAAGCUACAGGACGGUGACGCCGGUGCGGCCGCUGCACCGUCGAUCCUGCUCUGCUGGCAGGGAGAAGUGGGUGGACCACAAGCCCUCCUCCAGCAUGGACUUGGGUACAGUUUUGCAGCCCGUCAUCCCCAAUGCCAUUCAGGUGUCUGCACCCAGUGAGAAGUCCCUGUUGAAGUGUGACAGAUACGUGUUAACGCACCAGGAGGUUGCCUCUGAUGGCGAGAUACAGACCAAACUUAUUAAGGGUGAGGUGAUUAAAACCAGAGGAGGAGGACAGGCUGUCCAGUUCACCGACAUUGAGACACUGAAACAGGAGCUCACCACAGUCCCAAGCCGCAAAAGAAAAUCUUCAGAAGGCAAACCUUCCAAUGGAGAUCAGACAGAUGAAGCUUGGACUGAUGUUGAGACGAGGUGCUCGGUGGGUGUGGAGAUGAGGGCUGGUUCAAGCAUGGGCCCUGGCUGUGAGCAUUAUGGGAUCACCAAGUAA